AUGAAGCUCCAAUGGGCCUCCGGCCUCCUUCUCGGAGCCGUCGUCAAUUACGUUGACGCCUCUGCCGCUUCCCAUCUUCCGCCCAAUUUUUCUACGGAUUCGAGUGAUGUCGUUGUUCCCACGUACGGUGCCAUUGACCCCGAGAAAUACUGCUGGCAAGCAAAGCCUCGGGGUGGCAGCCGCCUCGACCGAACCAACUUCGCCGUGGAGUGCUCUAGUCAGGAAAAUGAUGACAAUCAAUGCAAGAAUGUGUUGGACGGCCAGGUCCACACGUACUGGCGCAGCGAAUCCAGCAAUAAAACCCAAAAUAACUGGAUCAUUAUCGACCUUGGCUCGGAGCAAAAAGUGAACGGUCUCAGCAUGCUGCCUCUCAUGGACAAGGAUGCUCGUGGACAGGUUGCCAAGCACGAGGUUUAUCUCAGCAACGAUAAACGCGAUUGGAAAAGAGUCGCCUACGGGCUCUGGGGAUGGAACAAGAGCUUGAAGCUCGCUGUCUUCGAACCCGAAGUUGCCAAAUACGUGAAGCUCAUUGCGAAGGGUGAAGCGCCUCUCGGCAAAUCUCCCGAUACCAAGUACCCGGAAACGUGGACCAGCAUUGUCGACAUCGCCAUCUACGCCGUCGACUUCAUUAUCCCCCGGGACCCAUCCCGAGGUACCUGGGGCCCAACACUCGACUUGCCCAUUGUCCCCGUAGCUGGGGCCCAUACUGCAGUUAACCGUGUGAACAACGGCGAUAUCAUCCUCUGGUCUGCCUGGGCUGACAAUCAAUUCUUUGCUUCCCCUGGUGGCGAAACCUUCACAACUACCUGGGAUCCUAUCAAGGAGGAUAUUUUCCAGGCUAGUGUUGCCAACAAUGAGCACGAUAUGUUCUGUCCUGGAAUCUCCAUGGACUUCGACGGACGAAUUGUCGUGUCUGGUGGAGCCGACUCGGACAAGACCAGCAUCUUCAACGGCACUGGCUGGGAGCGCGGUGAGAGCAUGGCGCUCCACCGUGGAUACCAUUCCACUACUACCCUCUCCGAUGGACGGAUCUUUGCCAUUGGUGGUUCGUGGAGCGGAGGGCCGAAUAACCCCAAGGACGGCGAGCUCUACGAUCCCUGGACGCGAACCUGGAAGAGGCUCUACAACCUCCAGCGUGAGAUCAUCGAAACUGAUGACAGACCGCUCCGGGCCGAUAAUCACGCAUGGCUGUUCGGCUGGAAGAACGGCAGUGUUUUCCAUGCCGGUCCCAGCAACAAGAUGCACUGGUUCAACACUCGCACAAAGGGAGGUAGUUAUGUGCCUGCCGGUUAUCGCCUUGACGACCAACACUCAAUGUCUGGGAACAACGUCAUGUUCGAUGCCGUUCAGGGUAAGAUUCUCACCUUCGGAGGCCAGGAGCGCUACGACGGAUCUUUCGGUACCAGAAAUGCCCACAUCAUCACCAUCAGCGAGCCCUACAAGAAGCCCAAGGUGCAGGUGGCCGGUUUGAAUGGAAGUAAGAGCGAGAACAACCCUGGCGGCAUGUUUUAUCAGCGUGUCUUCCAUACCUCUGUUGUUCUCCCUGAUGGAUCUGUCUUCAUCGCUGGUGGCGAGAUCUGGGGCCAACCCUUCAAUGAAGCUGAAAGGGAUAUCCAAUUGACCCCGGAAAUUUACUACCCGGACAGAGACAUUUUCGCUCCCCUACAGAGGAACAACGUCGUUCGUGUCUACCACAGUCUCUCGAUUCUCCUCCCUGACGCUACCGUGCUCAACGGAGGUGGCGGUCUUUGUGGUAACUGCACCGUGAACCACUACGACGCUCAGAUCUUCCGGCCCCCAUACCUAUACAACAAAGACGGAACGCCAGCGACCCAGCCUAAGACCCCCUCCGUGAAGAACAGAAGCGGCAAGGUCACCGUGGGCAAAACACUUCGUUUCUUCGCUGACGCUGAUAUCAAGAGCGCAUCUCUGGUCCGUCUCGGCACUGUCUCGCACACUGUCAACACCGACCAGAGACGCGUGCCCCUGGAUAAAUACAAGUGUGAAGAUCCCGAGGACGGUUACAAAUACUGCGAGGCCCAGAUCUAUCCGGACCCCGGCGUUGUUCUCCCCGGAUACUACAUGCUUUUCGUCAUGAACUCCGCUGGCGUUCCUAGCAAGGCUGCGACCGUCAAAGUUGAGUUGGAUUUCCCCUUGGGCCAUUUCACCGAAGAGGAUUACCUCAUUGAUGAGAAAGAUGAAGAAGUGGAACACAAGAAAGACUGCGAUAUGGACGUUGCUGGUGGUAAGCAAGUCCAGGGAAUGGUAGCUAUGAUAUUUGCGGCUGCUCGCAAAUUCUGGAACCCACCGCAGUCGACUCUCGUGACUCAGGGUUAA